AUGGAGAAAUUAGGCAACCUAUUUGAAUUCUUUGUGACUACAGGGAUUAAAACUAAUGAUUAAGGUAAUCACAAACAAUUAAUCUAUUUGUAGAUGUGAUACUUUAAUCAUGUACUACUGCAAAUAAGAAGGAUCUUGCAAUACUUACAAUAUUUCCAAAUCCAGUGGAACGUAAGAUGAAUCAUGUUCUAGCGGACAUAGCUUUGGUAAUAGUUAUUGAAAUUAUAAUCUUUUAGUGGUGCUUUCCUUUGGGAGUAAAAACAAUCAAAGAAGGAGAUAGCAAAUUUAAUAAAAUAGAAGAGUAUUUUAAAGAGGAUGACGCUUAGGCAUCUACAAAUGAGAUCAAUUACUUUGUUAUCAAUGAUUUCAAAUAGCACAUCAAGUUUUAUUGUACAUCCGCUUGCUUCUAUGAGAAGAUGUUCAUAAUCAUGCCUCCGAACGAUAAAUUAAUGUAAGUCUUUGUGCCUAAGGCCUUCUGCGUAAUAUCUCGUUUUCCUGCAUUCAUCCCCCAAAGAAGUUUUGUAAUGCAAUUGCUCAAAAUCCAGAAGCUUCGCCUAUCAUAAAACAGAGAAAGAGAUAAAAUAAUAACUAUCAAGAGAGGGCAAUAGGAAUAUUAGAUUGAAGAAAUCAAACUCUACGAUUUCUAUAUUCGAACAGCACUGACACAAUGUCCAUUAGUAUAAGAUAAGUAUUUAUAUAUCAAUAAAUAGCAAGCGUAGAGUAUAGGUUAAAGUUCAGCAGUUCCGAGAUUUGGAUGAACUACUACGUCUCCAACUCCCAUCUAACAACUCACUUUUCCAUAUUUAAGUUGUCAAAUAACCUUUUCGAUGUUUUAAUUUUCAAUUAGCCCAUCUUUAAUUUGUACAAGUUACUAUUGUACAUGAUGCUUGAGUAUCAAAUCAUCAUUGUGUCUCGUAAACCUGCUGGAAUAACAUUGUUUUGCCAAUCAUUAGUCGAGUUACUUGCUCCUUUGUAAUGGCGUGGUCUCUUUAUUCCAUUUUUAAGACCUGGAUCAUUCGAUUUCCAUAAAUCCCAACUCCCCUAUAUAAUUGGUCUAGAUAGAAAUCUCUAUGAAAUAGUAAAUAAACUCAUUUAAUUUAGUCUGAAAAACCAUUGCCAAAGGAAUUAAAAAGAGUGAUUUAUGAUAUUGAUGAUGGACGCAUUCUAUCCAGGUCAGAUGAUCCAAAAUGUCCCAAACAAUAUCAAAAUUACUUCAUUCGAAAAAUGAACACUGUAUUUGCAGAUCUUAAAUUUUAUGAGAAUGUAAUUAAAUCUAAUAACAUAGGAAAUUUUUGAAGAAGGGAUAAUGAAAUAUCGAUAAGCAUUUUAUAAUGUUAAAUUACUCAUGUUAAAUGAUAUCUAUAAGUACUUUAGUACUGAUACAUCAAACCAGAAAUCAGAGAAAAAGAUUGUUAUGUUUGAUUAUAAGAAAUUUCUAAAUUCUUUUGAAAGUCAAGAUUAACUCUUUUUCUUGCAAUUUCUUAAAACUUUAUCAUUUCAAUAAUUUGUAAAAGAUCUCUAUAAAGUUAUGGAAUAUAGAGAGGAGUUCAUUAAAAACAAUAUUCAAAAUGUAGAGUACUAUUUUAGUUGUGUACUUCAAUUCUUUGAUGAUGUUAGAUUUCUCAGUAUUCGCUUUGGAGAACAAACUCUUGAUGAUAAAUUGGUCAUCUUAGAAAAUUUACAGAAUAAUUAAAUCAAAGCAGUUCUUGAAAGGAAAAACGAAUCCAGCAAUUAUAAAGUUAUAGAAAUGAAAACAACUGAUUUCAUUCCUGAAUAUUUGGAACAUCUUAAAAAUAGUAGUCUCAAUCUUAGUAUGGAAAUGCAAGCCUUAGCCAAAUUCAUUUAAACAGUUCCACAAUAAGAAGAAAUAGUAGUUGAAUAACAACAAAAAAUAGUGUAACAAGGUGGACCAGAUAUGAAUCAAUCAGAAGAAUAGGAUAAUAUCUCUUAAGAAUCCUCUAAAAUUCAGUCAGACAAAUCAGAUCAACAUAGUUAAUUUCAUCAUUCAUUACCUCCAUAAGAAAAGGUUAAUUGGGAAUUGCAAACCAUAGCUGUAAGUAAUGCCUCAGAAUAUAGAAAAUAAUAUUAAAUUAAACAUCUAAAUCUUAUUAGUAAGAGGAAUACUUUUAGAAAGAAGAAUCUACUAGAAAAUGAAGAAGAGGAAGAACAAAUGCAAUUGAAUCAAAAUACAAAUACCAAUAACUUUAUUGUUACUAAUAUUGCUGACAAAAAUAUGCUUAGUUUACCUGUUAAGGAUAAUUAAUCCAUGGCCGCAAGAUCCUAUUUCAACAAGAGUAUGGUCCCAUUAAUUGGAGAUUAUGGAAACGCAGAAAUUAUGGUGCCUAAUUAAGAUAACAUGAUUUGA